ACAGCCAAAAGUAGAGCCACUGUAGCCAAAUGGCUGUCAGCUUCACCUGUGUUACCUGUGAUUAAUAGUAAAAACCCUGAAACCGCUGAUAGCCACCCUACUGGUUCUACGGCUGGCCAUUUGCUUUUGCAUUCGACGACUUACGAAGUGUGCCAUCAGUUGAGUUUUAGAAAUGGCCGACGACGAGUUCGAUGGUGACGACGUUGGCGGCGCCGACGACUUUGACGACGUCGAGGAGGAUGAAAACCUCGACGAGAUUGACCAAAACGAUGAGGAGAACAUCGAGCUCCUUCAAGCAUCAGACGGCCAGCCGCAGCAGAACCAGAAGCGCAUCACCACCAUGUACAUGACCAAGUAUGAGAGAGCGAGAGUGUUGGGGACACGAGCGUUACAGAUUGCCAUGUGCGCGCCUGUGAUGGUGGAAUUAGAAGGCGAGACUGACCCUUUGCAGAUCGCCAUGAAGGAACUCAAGGCCCGCAAGAUCCCCAUCAUCAUUCGUAGGUACCUUCCUGAUGGAAGUUAUGAAGACUGGGGGAUCGACGAACUCAUCAUCACGGAUUGAGGCUGAGGCCUGCCUUGCCAUUGUCAUCGAAAAAAUGCGGUUGUCAUCUUAUCAAAUUCUGACAAUUAGAAAAUGAGAACAA